AAUGGUCGCACGUUGGAAGUUUUAUGCGUCGUUGACGGUCACAGUAUGCAGUGUUGUCACGUCGAAGUGAUAGAGCGCUACGUUGUGGUCUGGCUGCCUGUAUGAUUUGUUGGUGAAACGCAGGAAGUAAAUGUCCAUUCUGGGAUUCCGAAUAAAGAAGAGACAUGGCUCUCCUAAGCUGCACAGCAGUGAAAGAAGAGACAUGGCUCUGAUAAGCUGCACAGCAGUGAAAGAAGUGACACUUUUAAGAAUGGUACAUGUAUAAGAUAACAUACAGAAGGAUGAGCUCGUUUUGGGAAUUUAUCUGCAAUUAUUGCUACUCCAUCUACAAACAAAUACAAGGAAAAUGGCCCAUCAAUGCUCUGCGUGGACCACAUCUGAAACCAGCAUCUGAAGAAACGACAACAGUUCUGAAGAAGAUUCUUCAGAUCCUGAUCAAGGAAGUGUCGGCCACGUCCGAUGAUGUGUGUUCUCUGCUGGAUAGCCUCCCAGACCAGGAGGAUCUCCUACAGGUGGUCGAUGACAUCCAAGGCUACGACAUCCUGCAGCUUGCAGUCAUCCGGGGCUGGAAGGAUGUUGUGUAUCUGCUGCUGAAGAAGCAGUGCAGUCCAGACGGUUACCGGUGCAGUCCUCCUGUGCAUCUAGCGGCCUUCACAGGCAGGGCAGACAUCCUCAAGCUGUUGCUGAGCUCUGGGGCAGGGAACAAUUCCUCGUGUGGGAUGUGUUUCCCACAGUACCACCUGGCUCUGUCUUACAAGACCUCUCUUCUGGGAUUCAAUAAAUAUCCGGUGUUCCGUUGCCAUAGUAACUCUCUCAGUCCAGUGAAAUGUGCCGUUAUUGAAAAUAAGGCCGAAUGUCUUGAUGUGUUACUGGAGUCUUUACCAGACAAGAUCAAAGCCAAAGGCAAUUUUCUGCCAACUCUACUUCAUUAUGCCUGUCUAAACGGUGCCACAUCUUGUAUUGAAUAUUUCGUGAAGAGGUAUCCUGGGUAUGUGGACUGGUUUAAUGAUGAGGGUGAAACUCCUCUCCUUUCGGCUGUUCCUUGGGGUAGAGAGAGUGUCACAAUUCUAGUCGACAGUGGUGCUGAUGUGCGGAUCGUCUCGAAGAAGCUCCACGAGACUGCACUGCACCGUCUGUACAGAAGGAACAUUGAUGGGCUGUUCUCCAUCUUCGACACAACGAAGUACCUUCUCACCACCGGGAUUGAACAGCAGAUAAACGCUUACACGACUCUUGGAGAGACUCCACUUCACAUGAUCAUCUCCCAUGUCUCGUACACAGGGGGCCACUUUGCCGACCCAAACCAGCGUAAGGUCGCGAGGAGUCAUCUCCAGGAGGACUACCAGCAGCAAGUGCUGGACACAAUGAAGCUGCUGAUGGAGUUCAACGCUGACCACACCCUGCUCAAUGCGUACGGUCUGCAGCCUCUCAGCAGGAUGCUGCACAUUGCCCUGAAGGCCUGCAACGUGGACAAUCCAUGUCCCUGUGUGCAGACGUCCAUCUUCACGUACCUCAUCAAGGACUACAAGAACGACUACUCUGCCCUCUGUCAGGCCAUGGAGGUGCUGCUGUCUCACGGUGCCAACCCAAACUUCCAGUGCCAGCUGGGUCACAGUCCGGUGGUUAUUCUACUCCUGUGUCUUAUUUAUGACGAUGUGUACUGUCUCUGUGAGCAAUCCAUGCAUGUUGUGCAGGCCUUUGAGACUCUGCUGAAGCAUGGUGCUACAUUGAACUUUGUCACAGGCAACCAGGGCACGUGUGCAACUCUUUUGGCCAUGAUGUGUAAACGGUACUUUAGUAUUAAUCUCGAAGAAGAUGAAGAAGAAGAAGGAAGCCUCUUGAGUCAUGGCGGCAGUUUUAAAACCAACAUCAAAAUGAAGUUUGCCGAGCUGGCAAAUGAAGUCGUCACCAAGUUUCUGCAGUAUGGCUUGAAUGCCAACCACACCAGUUCCAAAACCUGUCAGUACCCUAAAGGCGGUAAAGGGAAUGCCUUGAUAGACUUUGUCAAACUCACCGAGUUCUGUCAGUCAUCGAAAGAUCUGAACGUGAUUCACCUGUGGCUGAGGACACUGCUUCAGUGGGGGGCGAACCCCAACAUCUCGCCGUACCCAUCGGAGCCGAUCAUCUGCCACUGCCAGAGUUCUAUCUUCCUGAAGAAGCAGGACACCCAGGCGAUGAGCCACUACAUCCACGAUAUCAAGGAGCGGGAUUCCUUCUUCAAGGACGGGUGGGCGGGGGAGAUGCUCAUGCUGUUCUACAACUCCAUGGACCACCAGACUCUCUUCGAGUGCCUCAGCGCAGCCAAGACCAGCGCUCAGAUCUAUCACGGAGACUCAGGCAGCAUGGAUAUCUUGGACCUGAUUAAUGAGUUAUCAGAGAACCCCAGAAGUCUUAAGCAGAUUGCACGAGUUGCGAUUUAUCAGUCAAUAGAGCGAAACUGCUCACGGGUACAUUCCCUGCCUAUUCCAGAUUCUCUGAAGAGAUACUUGUGUUUUGAGUAACAUGCUCAGUCAAAGAAACUCUUGAAAAGAAAACAACUAUUUAUUUGUGAUUUUGUUUCCAGUUUGUGGUUGGUAUUUCAGAUUCUGUGUGCCAUCAGAAUUGAAUUUUUGGUGUGAAAUAUUGCAUUUGGACACAUGACACUAUUUAAAUACAUUUAAUUCUCACAUUCGACAGUAUAUAUUCAUAAAAUAAAUUUGGUAUGGUCUAAAUUAUGUGUACCAGAAAGUUUUAGAAAGCUUGUUACAACUGUUAAAAUAUGUCACAUAUUUUUUUAAUUAUUCAACAUCUAUCAGCACAGUGUGCAAUCCUGAUUGUCACGAUUGAUAGUCUUUAUGAUAACAUUGUCCUGUUUUACUGUCACAUGUCACAGUUGAUGGUCUUUAUGAUAACAUUGUACUGUUUUACUGUCACAUAUCACAAUUGAUGGUCUUUAUGAUAGCAUUGUACUGUUUUACUGUCACAUGUUCACAUUCCUUGUGUGUGUGAUGUCAACAGUAGUAUGAUUUGAGUGUUAAUGUCCUACAUACAUUGUGUCAGAAGUAUUCUAAUCAAGACAAGAAUGCCAUUCAAAAUGUACAAUGAAUAUGCUUAAUAAUAAUCAACUUUAGAAGCAGCUAAAUGUGUACUGUCUCUGUGAGCAAUCCAUGCAUGUUGUGCAGGCCUUUGAGACUGCUGAAGCAUGGUGCUACAUUGAACGUUGUAUGUACGGUAUGUACGGAAUAUACGGUAUAUUGAGAUUUAUUUAUUUUCACGGAUAAUAGUAUAAAUGUAUCCAUGUUUGUCUCAAGUCUUCCACAUUAUUAUUAGUCUAAUUAAGAGUGUAAUUUUGCUUUUCAAUUUCUAAUAUUUGACAAGCAGAGAUUUCUUCCCAACUUCACAAAAAUGAAUUUCGAGCCCUGCUGAUCUAAAUGGAUUUCAUAUCGUGUCUUCCAGACAUUGAGUUUGGCACUACACUACAUGACAUAACAAGAAAAUUAAGCAUCCACCUACAGUUAGGUUUCUUAAAGUGUGUAAUUACCUCAGCUAAGCACUAGUACAGUAAUAAUUAACCACAAGUUCAUAGGACACUUAAAUUCAAUGAUCCUAGUUUUUAGGCAGUGUUACAUGUGAAAUCCUUUAUUUUUGUGGGCUUAAAUUUUCAUGAUUUUGCCCCCAAAAAAGAACAACCUCAACCCCACGUUUCAUUGGGUACUUAAAUCUCAUCAAAAAAGGUAGUACAGCUAUCAUAAAUUAUAUGUAUGCAUGUGUUAUAAUACCACUGUGUUCUCAAGAUUGAUUUUAUAAAAAAAAAAAAAAAAGGUAUGCACCGUAAAAGCUAGGGUCAGUGACUUUAAUUUGUGGUUUAUCCAACUGCUUUUACACUGCUCAUCACAACAUCUUGUCAUUCAGUGAAGUAGGACUGAAACCUGGCCUGGUGCUUUUACAGUUGGUACACUCGAGACUCUUAAUAGAGUCUGAGACACUAAUGUCAUGACAACACCAUACAAAUUGCAUGCGUGUGAUGUCAUUUGAGAUUGAGUCUGGACUCUUAAACGUUUUAACCGGCCUCGAUGGCGUCAUGGU